UCAAACAAUCUCAUAAACUUCGGUGAGUUUAAUGACUCCAUUUCCUCGCAGAUCUAGAUGUUAAUUACUCUAUAUUUUGUGUGCAUUCAAGAGAGAAAAAAGAGCAGAAAUUCAUGGCCUAGGUUGCAUUAAAAGUGAGCUUAAGCUAAUCCCAAGUCAAUUAAUAAUCUAUUAUUUUACUUGUAAUUAAUUAGAGAAAAUUCAAACAAAUAGAGAGAUUUUGCCAUUUUUGGUGGGUAAAAGCUGGGUUAUAUUUGCUUCUUACUGGAAAUAGUGAGGCAUUAAAAAAAAAAGUUCAAAGUUGAAAACUUUCUCAUUUUCUCUAUUUAUAAUUCACCUUCUGCAAGAUUUUGCAUCUGGGUUUUUCUUAAUUCCACUUCAGAAGUGUGGAUUAUCACUACUUUAAUUAAUGGGCAUUAAUUUUUUCUUUUUUUUAUUAAUUUAAAAAUAAUAUUUUUCAUUAUUUGUGCAGAUCGACCUCCUUUCUCUGUCAUAGUAUAUAGGGCUUGUUUGGAUAGCGCGUAUGAUUGGGACAAUUUUUUCGCUUUCAUAUGCACACAGUAUAAAGAAAGAAAGAGAGAAGGAGGAAGAGAGAGAAAGAAAAAAAGUGCUGAAAAAUAUUUUAUUUAUUUAUUUAUUUAUGGGAUAAGCAUUUAAUGCAUUAGCAUCUACUGCUUUACAACAUUUAGUAAUUGCAGAGGUGAUGAAAUAGAAAGUAGUAGUAAUAUAAAGUAGUAGCAAUUUUUUGUGUGUUUGUUUUUGUUCAUGAAUCAAGAAGUUUAACGACUUCAUUCAUUCAUCAUAUAUUCAUAGUCAUAUUCAUCACCCACAAAAGAAAAACAAAAACAAACAAUACCCAUCUUCUGAUUUUCUGGGUAUCCAACUUUAGAGAGAGAAACAAGAGAGAGAAAGUGAGGAGAGAGAUUGAAGAAAGACAAAUCUGCCAGUUGCAUCCCAAAUUCUCAAUCUUUUUAUCUUUUUAAUCUUGCAAAAUAGUAACUUUCUGGGUUUCUUUUCAGAAAUCCUCACUCUCACUGGUUAUACUCUCAGGUUUAUAUUGAUUUCCUAAAAGCUGCCUUUGUGGGAUUCAGGGCAGUAUAAAAUGUCUAGGCCUCUCCAGAGGGGCAUAUCGGGUGAGCAACGGCGGCUUUCUGUAGGCAGUCAUGGUUCUUGGGACUUUCAAGACUCACAAAUGAAAGAAAAGUCAGAAAAAGAUGAUACUCGAGCAAGUCGUUCUUUGUCGGACCAAGGCUAUUCAUCACUAAAGUUACCUUUUCAUUUGAAUUCUUUGGAUAAUGGCCAUUCAAAGUUGGGUGUUAAUGAAAAUGGUUUUACAACAGACUUAUUUAGCAGUAAAAGUCCAAGAAAUCGACACAAGUUUAUCUUGCUUAUGUUAAGAAUCAGUUUGGUUUUCAUAGUGAUUCUUGCUCUAACUGGGUCAUUUUGGUGGACAAUCUCAAUUAGCACAUCAUCAAGAGGUCACAUAUUCCACAGUUAUAGGAGACUGCAAGAACAGCUUGUCUCAGACCUUACAGCCAUCAGUGAGCUCUCUCUAGGGCCAGCAAAAUUGAGAGAAUUAGACUUCUGUUCUAAGGAGUACGAAAACUUUGUGCCUUGCUAUAAUAUUUCUGAAAGCUCUGCUUUAGGUUAUGCUGAUGGUGAUGAAUAUGAUCGUCUUUGUGAGCACAGCUUGAAGCAAAAUUGCUUAGUUUUACCUCCAGCGAAUUACAGGAUUCCUCUGCGAUGGCCUACUGGAAGAGAUGUAAUUUGGGUUGCAAAUGUUAAAAUUACUGCUCAAGAAGUGCUUUCUUCUGGAAGCUUGACCAAGAGGAUGAUGAUGUUAGAGGAAGAGCAAAUUUCUUUCCGUUCUGACUCACUUACAUCAGAUAACAUUGAGGACUACUCACAUCAAAUUGCAGAAAUGAUUGGGCUAAGAAGUUCUUCAAAUUUUAUACAAGCAGGGGUGAGAAAUAUCCUAGAUAUAGGAUGUGGAUAUGGUACCUUUGGAGCGCAUCUCUUCUCAAAAGAGUUACUGACCAUGUGUAUUGCGCCCUAUGAGGCUUCAGGUAGUCAAGUACAACUCACACUUGAAAGAGGUCUUCCGGCAAUGACUGCUUCCUUCGCUACAAAACAGUUGCCAUUUCCAUCUCUUUCAUAUGACAUGGUGCACUGUGCGCGAUGUGGCAUUGACUGGGAUCUGAAAGAUGGGUUAUUCUUAAUUGAGGUUGAUAGAGUCUUGAGACCCGGCGGCUAUUUUGUCUGGACUUCACCUCUUACCAAUGCCCGUAAUAAAGUGAAUCAGAAGAGAUGGAAUCAUGUUCAUGAUUUUGCAGAGAACCUUUGCUGGGAAUUGCUGACCCAACAGGAUGAAACUGUUGUUUGGAAGAAGACUACCAAAAGGAGUUGCUAUUUUUCUAGGAAACCUGGUUCAGGUCCAAAUGUGUGCGGCAAGGGUCUAGAUAUUGAAUCUCCAUAUUAUCGCACGCUCCAAACGUGCAUAGGAGGGACUCAUAGUGACCGCUGGCUCCCCAUAGAAGAAAAGUUAACAUGGCCAUCCCGGGCUAAAUUGAAUGAAAAGGAGCUUCAGCCUCAUGGACUUCAUCCAGAAGACUUGGCUGAGGAUGGUUUGAAUUCGAAUUCUGCAAUCCGUGAUUAUUGGACUCUUCUCUCACCUUUAAUAUUCUCAGAUCAUCCAAAGCGACCUGGUGAUGAGGAUCCUUCUCCUCCCUACAACAUGCUUAGAAAUGUGCUAGAUAUGAAUGCUCGGUUUGGCGGUUUUAAUGCUGCUUUACUGGACACUGGAAAAUCUGUGUGGGUCAUGAAUGUUGUACCAACAAGUGGUCCCAACUACCUGCCCUUGAUUCUGGACAGGGGAUUAGUUGGUGUAUUGCAUGACUGGUGUGAUGCAUUUCCAACAUACCCUCGAACUUAUGACUUGGUGCAUGCUGAUGGUCUCCUCACUCUAGAGAAAGAUUCCCAGCGCAGAUGUAAUACUUUCGAUAUCUUUGUUGAGAUUGAUCGAAUUCUUCGGCCGGAGGGAUGGGUAAUCUUCCGAGACAAAGCUAAUCUUAUUGAGUCUAUAAGACCCUACCUAGCACGACUGAAAUGGGAAGCUCGAGUUAUUGAAAUCGAGAGCAACAACGACGAGAAACUCCUGGUUUGCCAAAAGCCUUUCUUCAAGAGGCACGCAAAGUGAUCAGCAACCUACAAACCUCGAGGACAGUUUUCUGUGAUUAAAAAUUUAUUUAUUAUUAUACCACGACGCAAGUCAAUAGAAAGAGAAUCGAAGUCAACAGUUUUUUGGAACAGAAAGAGAAGGUAUACGAUCAACAUCAAUAUGUUUUUGUUUUUAGUUGACAAACUCCUAUGGAGUCGUAAGGCGACCAUAGGAACCUCUGUAAUUACGCGACUGAGGCACAGGGAGAACAAAAUUGCAUUAUGUACUCUUUGGUCUCCAUUUUAAGUUAUACGAUGAUUAGCAGAAUAAGCAAAAGAUUAUCUGCUGCAGUAUAUAUGAUGCUGGGGCGGAAAUUUUCAAUAGAUUUUUUCUUUUUUUUCUGCUACCACUUCCCUUAUCAAUUCUAUAUUCAUUGUAGAAAGCUUAUUUAAAAAAGGUAUCAUUAGUAAUACAAGUCUUGUAACACAAAACUUGGGGUACUUAUUUAUUGGUACAUUUUGAAAGUUAUUAUGGUUAUGAAUUA